AUGGCGGAUCUCAGCACGCUGUUUCUCACGUUCAACUGUGGACGUGAGCUUGUCAAUACCGACUUCUUUGCCGCCUGUGUCAACCAGGGCCUCUCCAAAGCUCAACUCCCUCCAGAUGUCAUAGUUCUCUCACUGCAGGAGAUUGCUCCGUUGGGCUACUCCUUCCUCGGCGGCUCCUUCCUCUCGCCUUACUUCGAGCGCUUCUCCAAGACGAUCCAAAAGCUCAACCAACUCUGGAACAACGAUGAGCAAUACGAAACAAUACUCUGCAGUAAUGUCGGCAUGACAGCUCUCAUGCUCUUCGCGCGACCCGAAGCUGCGCGCAAGAUCGGAAGAGUACAGACGGCUGGUUCUGGAGUCGGAGUAUGGGAGAUGGGCAACAAGGGAGCUGUGGGAGCGCGCCUGGCUUACUCGAGCGAUGACGGUAGUGAGAUGGACCUCACCUUUGUCGCAGCUCAUCUGGCUCCCGGAGAAGACGCCUGGCAGCGUAGAAAUCUGGACUGGCGUACGAUCAACGAGAACUUGGUGUUUACUGGAGUCACUGGUGCCGAGAAGACCAGAGCACGCGCGACGAACAAUGAAGACAUGCAAGAAGAAGUCGAGCCCCUGCUCUCUUCAGCCACCGACGACCAAGACACAUCAAACGAACAGGAUAAUGCCUUGAUCACCCCGAGCUCGUACAUAUUCUUUGGCGGUGACCUCAACUACCGAGCCUCGGACAUCAAACCGCAUCCCGACGAUCAUCAUUCCUUCCCUCGUCGUAGCGAUUCACCCGAAGACAGCACGCACUACUCACACAUGAUGCCCAACGACCAGCUGACGCGCGAGAAGGCUGCUGGGAAGACACUACACCAUCUCAGCGAAGCCCGCAUAAACUUUGCGCCCACAUACAAGUUCUCCAAGAAGUCACAAGAGCAAGCCGGAGAGAUUGCCAAAUCUGUGGAAAAGCAGAGUCGAUCAGGCGCAAACGCAGUAGCUGUACCAGAAGAGACAGAAUGGCACUGGGCCGAGCACCGUCAUCCCAGUUGGUGCGAUCGCGUACUGUAUCUCGCACUCCCCGGUCGCGAGCCUGUCAUCCACACCUACAACUCUCUGCCGCUCCAGCCGUCAUCAGACCACAAGCCUGUCAUCUUGUAUGCUUCGAUACCAACCCAGUCGUCAAAGCUACUGCAUCACGGAAUCACGGCGCCUUACAAGAUCAAGGCUGGCUGGAAAGAUAGACGCGAUGCAGCCAGACGCAGAGAGGUGGCUGUUGGAAUUGUCUCGUAUGUGGCCUUGACGUGGGAGGGUAGAGGCUUGUUGCUUGGUGCCAUCCUGGCCAUUCUCGGUGGAUGGGCAGCUUUGAGAAGUCUAUUGAUAUGA